GUUCCUCCCUAAUUCCAGCCUCUUUGCUCUAAAAAGGGCUACCACCGCUCCCCUCGAGGUUGCUUCUUCCUCUUCUUCCUCUUCUCGCCCGGAUCGCUCGUACAAUAGCCCCCAGCUGUCCGAGAGGGAUAGCAUUUUUGCUACUCAUUAUCUCCCUUCCGAGAACGAAGCUGCCAAUCUACCGCAACUUCCACCCGUGAAGGACGGUGAUGAUGAUGAUCAUAAUGUUGCCCGUCAUGACGCCCCUGCAAACUUGAUUUUGGACCUGGAAAAUGUGUCUUCUUCUCCCGUUUCGCUUACCUCUGCCAAGGUUCUUCCCUACCACCAUCGCGUCGACGCCUCCCACAUGGAAGUUGACAGACUCAGGGCCCAUCCCCUGCGCUCCGCUCCGCUCCUCCCUUCCCACCCUUUCUCUUUGCCACAAGUCGGCUCCGAUGUAAUCUUGGGGGAACAAGUCGAGUUUCCCGCCAGAGGUCCGCAGACUCUUCCUUUUGGGAGCAGCCUCUCACCUUCUCGCCAAAAGCCCUUGCAUGGUAUUGCGUCGGGCCUCGCUGCGUUAGAGGCCUCCGGCCGCACCCUUCUCCCAUCUUCCCUGAGUGAUGAUUCUUCACAGCAAGCACGUCGAUUGAUGGUGUCUCCUUCGUCGGACCAUCGGGCUACAGGCGCUAGUCCUGGGACCAGCUCCCAUCAACGGGGAGGACAACCUGCGUGGGAUAACGCCCAGGAGCCAAAAAUUGAACGGAGCCCGAGCCGCAGCCGACGGGGUAGGAUGGAACACUCAAUCGAGGCGAACCUAACCAAUGCAGAGCCAGCUUCCCAUGUCCGGAGUCGUAAGUCUAGCCAUUAUCUAGGUUUAUUCAAAGAAAACACUGCCACUUCCCCGGACCGCAAACGCAGAGACGAUCGGGCAGGAAAACAGGAAGAGUUGUUCGAUCUAUAUGACAAGCAGCAACAAUCGGAACACCACAACGACCAUCGUCACAGACAUGAUGAUGGCCAUGGACCCAAGCCGCAUGAAGCUUCGGCGCUUCGCAGUUCCAAGAGCCUGUCACAGCUCUCACUAGCCAAUAUCCCGCAGAUGAAUCCGACCACAGGCACUGAAUUUUACAUGGAUAAUAUGAGUGAAGGCAUUGCAAAGCCCCAACCCAAAGCUCUACCUCGGAACCUCUUGGAGGAAAUUCGGAAUUUCCAUUUGACUCCCGGGGGAGCUCACGGUGCAUCUUUUUCGAAGAGCAUCCCUGCCCAGUUUUCCGAACGGGCUCGGAGCUAUUUCCCCAGGGAUGCACUCUUUGACUCACGUUCGCCUCUGUCGGAUACGGAUCGGAGCCAGCGCCGUGGAUCUGGCCAGCUUGACGAUGAAGAAGAUGAACAAAUAUCAUCGGCUGUAUAUUUUCCACAUGAACGUGUUACGAUAUCGGAGGAAGUCGCUCCGAUGCACACUUUGGAAGCAGGGGGCCCGCAUGAUGUACGGCCAUAUGAUAUAUCGGCGCCAGAAAGUAGCGACGUUCUAAUGCCAAAGAACCAUAAUGCUCCCGAAGAGCAAGAAGCUAAUCAUGUGGAUAUAUCCCUCCGAUCUAAGAAUGACAGUAGAAUCCUGCAUGGCGACCUCCAGGACAGCCAGCUUCCACUAGAAGAGCUUAAUGAGAAGUCUAUUGAUUCUAUAUCCCAGCGCAAUGCUGAGUAUUCAACGUGCGAAGAUUCUGAACCAUUAUCUGCGGAUGAUAGUGGGAUGUCUGUUCGUGAUGAAGAGUCCAGCGUGACUGAUGAGGCAGAGGUUACGCCGACGGCGACUCCCACGCAACGCCAACGUUUCACUCGCCCUCCCCGCCCUCGACGCACGUCGGGUCCUGUAACUCCCGUUGGAGCCGUGGAAUUAAAACCAUAUCGGCAUCAAGUCGGCGGUCAUACAACGGUGUUUCGAUUUUCUAGGCGUGCUGUAUGCAAACAGCUCAACAACAGAGAAAAUGAGUUUUAUGAGCGUAUUGAGCGCAGACACCCGGAGAUGUUGAUGUUUCUUCCCAGGUACAUUGGUGUCCUGAAUGUGACUUUCUCAAAAACCUCUAAACGAUCUAAAAAAGGUUCAGAAGAUCACCCAGAGCAAACCGAUAUAGAAAACUCAACGGAUGAUCCCCAGGGCAUCAAGAUGGAUCAAGAAUCCCAUAACCACUUGCAGAAGUCUUCGGAGUCUGUGGAAAAAGCGCGCAUUUUCAGUCAAAAGCAGGUGACGGGUGUCAUUCCGAAAGUGAUACUCGAAAAUAAUCGUCAUAUCAUUCCUGCUGAUCUGUUUUCCGGACAUCAAAGACCACGAACCUCAGAUGAUUCAACUAUCAACGGGCAACAGUUCCCAACAAGAGCUGGAGCAGUGACCCCAAGUCAAUCAUGUAAUGGUAGCUUGGAUGACAAAGCCUCCUCAAUCGUGAAAAAGAUCUGGGGUGCUACAACAGUCAAUCGGAAGCUACAAGAGCAGGUCCUUAGAGAGGUCUUCAGUCCUCCUACCAUUCACCACCAUCGUCGCCACGCUCGAGGCCAUCUCACCUUACCAAGAACGUCCUCUGAUGGCAAUCGUAGGGAUAUCAAUCUUUCCCAAGAUCGAGCCUCACGCAAGCCCCGUGGUGGCGAGCAUGCCACAUCACCGCUGUCGAACGCAAUUGAUCUCGCGAAGCAAGGUGGCGAUGGCCCUGGGUUGUCAUCGUCAGCUUCCACAGCACUGGAAGCUGGUCACAAGCGUCUAGAAUCGAUACGCUUAGAAGAUUCCCCAGCACGCUCUAGUUCUGCAUCAGGCACCCGACGAGUUCGACGUCGGCAUUCUGGGAGCGGUCUGCAAAGGCGAGGAACGAUGGACUCGAGUAACGGUGGGGGGGAUUUGAUGUUUUUCGAAGAUGAGGGAUAUGGAGGUGACAAAGAGGAUGAUAUAUUUUCGAUGGAAAACGACACCGCCCUAAUGUCCUCUUCGGCGCCUCAAGGAAGAAAGGUUUCGAGCCCUGCGUCACCAAAACAAAAGACCGUCGAACCUGAACAUGACGAGCUGCCUUUCGCAUAUAAUCCGAUUGCAAGCUCGUUCAAGAACCCUCCGAUGUAUUCCGAGUAUGCAGAUAGUACAUCCCUUCAACUCCCUUCAAAUCCUAAAGAGGCACAGACAAGAAAGGAUGACAGAGUUCAAUUCUUCCUGCUCCUGGAAGAUCUGACCGCUGGGAUGACUAAACCCUGUGUUCUGGAUUUGAAGAUGGGAACCCGCCAAUAUGGCGUUGAAGCUAACGAGAAAAAGCGCAAGUCGCAGAGACGCAAGUGUCAGAACACUACUUCCCAACAAUUGGGCGUCCGAUUAUGUGGGAUGCAGACUUGGAAUGUGAAGAAGCAAGAGUACACCUUUGAAGACAAGUACUUCGGUCGAGAUUUAAAAUCUGGCCGCGAAUUUCAAGAUGCACUGACACGUUUCCUGUAUGAUGGGGUUUGCUAUACGAGUGUCGCUAAGAAGAUUCCGAUUAUCUUGGAAAAGCUGGCGAAACUGGAGAACAUGAUCCGCAAACUGAAGCGUUACCGCCUUUAUGCUAGCAGCCUUCUGAUUCUCUACGAUGGCGAACAAAAUCCUUCCCAGAAAACCCCUCAACCUGAGGCUGAGUUGAAUAACAAAAACGAUCACCAUCACAACAAACGGAGCCCAUUACAGCGCCGGGCGUCCGACGAUGGGCAUAAGAAGACUGAUGUUCAAUUAAAAAUUGUUGAUUUUGCCAAUUGCGUUACUGGUGAGGAUGAACUCGCUCCAGAUGUGCCCUGCCCCCCUCAACAUCCCGACGAUAUUGAUCGUGGUUACCUGCGCGGCCUCCGAACCCUGAGAAUGUAUUUUCAACGGAUUAUGAGGGAAGUCAGUCAUGAUGAAUAUAUUGAGAGAGGUGAAGGCGAAGUCAUUGCUCUUGGAUCCCAAAUAUCCGGCAAUAAUCAUACGUCUGACCGCUACUGGGAUGACACUGUCAUGGACCAUGACCCUGGAGAAGUCAGCCUCUAGAACGCUUUUCGCUGCUUGAAUUACCCCUUUGAACCUGGAAUCUGACCAUGGUACACUGUUCAUUUCCUGUUUUAAUUUACUUAUCCCCCCUCCCCCUUCU